GAGUUUACUUGAAUGAAACUGCAAUAUGACAGUGGCAGUGGAAAGUUAAAGACUGGGAACUGACUAAACAGGAUUAGAAGAACAGGAAAACUAUCCUUCCUAGAUUUUUUGUGGCCCAGGAAUUCUGUUCUUCCUAUGUCUACAUGACAGCAUUUUCUGUCUAAAAGUUUGUUGACUAACAUUUUUAUGGUCUGCUGUCCCCUUAAGGCAAAAGCAUGAGUCAGAUCUCAGGCACACAAGCAAAAGCACCGUGUAAAUUUACACAAACAGAUGCACUCUUAAAAGAUCUCUGGCUUCCUAUUACCAAGUCGUAGGCAGAGGUGGUGUGCCUGUGUUCUAUUUACACUCAUUUUCCAGCACCUGUAUCAUUAGUCUGACUUGCACAAUACGUUUCAAGCAAACUGAAAUAGCCUUUUUUUUUGUGCGUUCAGGUUACUAGCAGUAAUGGUAAGAUUCGACACCUGAAAGUAUGAUCCGUAUUUGCCAGGGAUGUGUACGUGUAAAUACUAACACUCAGAAGCAUGUGACUUUCUUUGAGCCACCCCUACCCUCCUGUGCUGUCAUGUUCAACGUAAAAGCUUCUAAGGCAGAGUCUAGCUUUUUGCAAGUUUAUUCUAAUAUCUUGAUGAGCGUUUCUCCUCUAUCAGUACAUAGCUAUGUUAGUUUGUUUUGCAAAAGGCUUUAAUCAGAUGUGAUGAAAAGAUGGGAAAAGAUAGUACUGUGUAUGUACCAAGUAGUUUGUAAAAUAUGUGUAUAUGUGACCUAUCUUCUCUUACAAUUGCAGGCCAUGCCCAGUUGGAUAGCAGACCUACAGUAACCACUACAGAUGGAAAUCAGAACAUCACAGAAGUAGAUGCGCUUGAUGUAAGGCAAACCCUUGAUCCUGCAGUGCAAUACAAAAUGAACCAUCAAAGAAGAGGAAUUGCAUUAAUCUUCAAUCAUGAGCACUUUUUUUGGCAUUUAAAGCUGACAGACAGACGUGGCACUCUUGCAGACAGAAACAAUUUAAAACGCAGUUUGACAGAGCUUGGGUUUGAAGUCAGACAUUUUGAUGAUCUGAAAGCAGAAGAUGUACUGCAGAAAAUUUCUGAAGCCUCCAAAGAUGACCACAGUAAUGCUGACUGUUUUGUUUGUGUGUUCCUGAGUCAUGGCAAGAAUGAUCAUGUUUAUGCAUACGAUACCUACAUCAAAAUUGAGACAAUCACUGACAUGUUCAGAGGAGACAAGUGCCAGAGUCUGGUAGGAAAACCAAAGAUAUUUAUCAUUCAGGCAUGUCGAGGUGAUAAACAUGAUGAUCCAGUUAUUGUUCAGGAUUCACUAGACGGUAGUGAUAAAUCCAUUGUCAAUGAGACUGAAGUGGAUGCAGCUGGUAUCUAUACCCUGCCUGCUGGUGCAGACUUUAUCAUGUGCUACUCUGUGGCACAAGGUUACUUUUCUCAUCGUGAAACUGUAAAUGGCUCCUGGUACAUUCAAGAUUUGUGUGAGGCACUUAGGAAGCACGGCUCUUCCUUGGAGUUCACAGAACUUCUUACUCUCGUUAACAGGAAAGUAUCUUAUCGCAAAGUGGAUAUAUGCAGAGACAUUAAUGCUAUAGGAAAAAAACAGAUCCCUUGUUUUGCCUCAAUGUUAACUAAAAAAUUGUAUUUUCAUCCAAAAUCUAAGUAGAUUGUUACUGAAUAAUGACAACCAUUAACUAGUACUCACUGCAGAGGUGAAAGACACACCGUCUUAGUUCAGGAGACUAAUAUUCUCCAAGAUUAUUUGCAAAAAUACUGUGAUCAGACAUUAUAGUUUGUAUACAUAAUAGUCUCCAAAAUCUUAAAGGAAUUUUAAAGCUAGUUUUACAGCUCUGUUCUUCUCAGGGAAUUUGGGAAAUGUUGAUCGGUGCAAAACUAUUAGGUGCUAAGAUUUUAUGGGAACUGGUAUUCUAGAUUACUUUUUCCCUUAAAAGUUUUUUGGUGUCUAACUAUGGCACAUUUUAAUAUUUGCAAAACAUUUCAAAUGUUGCAUUAGGUUAACUUGCUCCUAGAGCGCAGUUGACAGGGAAUAUGUAGGGCAUCUUUUGAAAUUUGUGGACAGCAGUAUCCACCUUCCAAUUUCUGUGCAUUUAUUGAGCUUUUUAGAUGUUGUUUUUUUUCUCUCAACACUAAAGAGGAGCUUAAUUACUUGAGUACAACUGUAGCAUUAAUAUAUAUUGAUAGAAGACUGCUUUUUGUUUGCAACAUCAUUUAUGUUUGGGGCACAAUUACAGCUUGCUGGUGCUUUGUAUCCUCAGGAGAAAAGCAAGCAGCAGUUAAGUGAGACCAUGCACCACUUGCUUAGUGUGACUUUGCAUAAGCUCACCUUGCACAUAUCUCUAAAGCUGAAGCACAUCAUUUCAAGAUUCCAGGCUUACUUACAACUUCUGGUCAUCUCUAGGCAGCUCUGCAAAAUACUAUAUACGCAAGCCUUCAUACUAAAGACCUUGGUGCUGGAUCAGCCUUUUCCUCCUCUUGGCCUCAGAGGAGAUCAGCCAUACUGUCACUGUGUACAUAAAAGUGAUGGCGCACUUGUCACCAUAGGACAUUUCAGCAUAGGAUUGUUACUACUGCAGCAUCAGCAGUAGCUCAAUGAUACCGACUGGAAGCAAAUAUUUCUUUUAUUAUUUUUUACAUUAUUGGUACAUAUGCUUAACUCUGGGGGACAGUGGAGAAUUUGAGAAGAGUGUCUUAAUCCACUUUCCUGGGUAUGAUGUAAUUGAUUUAAUGGCUCUGCUUCAGUUAAAUCUUUCCAUAUGCCAUGUCCUGGCUCAUAGAUGUUGAGUCUUCCUACGGCUAUUUUUAAGCUUUGUAUAAAUCAUGUAUGUCUGAUUUUUUUUAUAAAUUCUUUCAAUAAAAUACAACAGUGAAACAAAUUA